GAUGGUCGUAAAUGUUGAAUCUUUAAAUCGGACUGUGGAUGAAGUUAUAAUAUGGUCAUUCUUGGGUGUGUCAAUUAUUGCUGAUAAAUUUAUGGCGUCUAUUGAGGUUAUAACGUCAAAAACAAGAAAAAUUAAGUAUACGGAUCCGAAUGAUAAGAAUGUAUCGCACUAUAUUGAAGUUCCAGUUUGGAAUGAUACAGUUGCGAAUUUAACUUUAAUGGCCCUUGGUUCUUCUGCACCGGAAAUUCUAUUGUCGUGUAUAGAAAUUAUAUUUAAUAACUUUGAAGCUGGUAAACUAGGACCUGGAACUAUUGUUGGUUCGGCUUCAUUCAAUUUGUUAGUUAUAACCGCUGUCUGCGUUGUCUCAAUUCCUAAUUCGGAGAGCAGGAGCAUUAAAGAAUUUAACGUAUUCGCUAUAACGGCAUUUUCUUCCGUUUUUGCCUAUAUAUGGCUUCUUAUAAUCCUUAUUGGAAUUUCUCCAGAUCACGUUGACCUAUGGGAAGCUAUUGUAACAUUUUGUUUCUUUCCAGUAUUAGUAGUAGCUUGUUACAUUGUCGAUAAAGGUUGUUUUGGUGUUUUUAAAAGGAAGCAAGACAAUGAUCAAGAGGCAACACUAGGUAUAUCAACUGAGGAUGAAAAAUAUCGUAAAGAUUUGAUGCAAUAUAUUAAGCAUUUAAAAAUGGAUGAAAAUUAUCAAGAUUUAACGGAAAAAGAACUUGAGUCUCUAGCUAGAGCGGAAUUACAAAAGAUAAAACCCCCUCAAAAACGGACAAGAGCGUAUUGGGUAAGAGAAGGUAUGAGAGUCUUAACCAGACGGCAAUCCUUAACCCUUUCUCCCAAAUUAAUCCAAAAAAGUGGAGAAUUACGGUUAUCCGAUGUUCCAAGGAAGUACGCUGUUAUAGAAUUUGAAGCAUCAUCAAGUGUUGUUAGAGAGAACCAGGGAUAUGCUACGGUAUUUGUUCAAAGGAGAGGCAAUAUCGAAAUACCGGCUGUAUGUAAAGUACAUACAACCGAUGGAACUGCAAAAGUGUCCGAAAAUGAUUAUCAACCUUUAAAUAAAAUUGUUCUAUUUAAAGCGAAUGAGACUAGGAAACCCGUAUUGAUAAAAAUCAUUGACGAUAACGAAUUUGAAGAGAACGAAGUGUUCUUUGUCCAAGUAAACUCCCUCGAUUGUUCAUCUAUAAUAGACUGUUUAAAGGAUGACGAAGCUGAUACAACAGAUAUUAGAAAAUAUUUUGACGAAUUAGGAAUGUUUAACAUAAAAGAUGAUGAAUUUGAGAUUAGACUAUCGAAUGUUUUUGAUUUUGGACUAAUGAAAAUCGGAUUGAAUAAAAUUCACGAAGUUAUCAUUGAAGAUAACGAUCAGCCGGGUACUUUAGAAUUUAAGCAUAAUUGCAUGCUUAUAAAAGAGCAUUGCGGGCACGCUAGAAUACCCGUCACCAGACUGGAUGGAUGUGACGGUGAUAUUCAAAUUAGAUGGUAUACUAAAGAUGGAAAAUCCAAAUUAAAUAGAGAUUAUUUAGGGAAAGAGGGCUAUUUAAAAUUUUGUAAUGGUCAGCGUCAGAGGAAUAUCGAAAUAGAAAUUCUCAAAGAUGCUUUACUUGAAGAGGAUACAGGAGGCUUUGAAGUGUUUCUCGAUCCUGAUGACGCAAGUUUGGGUGUAAAAGUAGGUAAAAUCGAUCGAGUAGCAAUAAGCAUCCUUCCGGACGAAGAAUUUCGAGGUGUUUUAUCUAGAAUUGUCAAUAACGCCAAUCAAGAUUUAUGGCAUAUCGAGUUGCAUAAAACCACGUGGAAAGAACAGUUUAAAAAUGCUUUUUCUGUAAUUGAAGGUGAUAUUGAUAAAGCAUGUGCCAUCGACUAUAUUUUGCACUUUUUAUCCUUCUUUUGGAAAGUAUUAUUUGCAUGCGUGCCACCCCCUGGUAUUAUGGGAGGAUGGUUAUCGUUCAUUUUCUCUUUGUCAUUGAUUGGAUUGUUAACUGCUAUUGUUGGAGAUUUAGCUGCUAUUGCAGGUUGCCUAUCAGGAUUGGACGAUUCAGUAACGGCAAUAACCCUAGUUGCUCUUGGAACUAGUUUACCUGACUUAUUUGCUAGUAAACAAGCCGCUUCAAAAGAGUCGACAGCUGAUAAUUCAAUAGGUAACAUUACAGGAAGUAACUCAGUCAAUGUUUUCCUUGGUUUAGGCCUGCCAUGGGUGAUAGCGUCAAUUUACCAUACGACAAAAAACAAAACUUUCAAAGUGGAAGCUGGAACUUUGGGUUUUAGCGUCUUAGUUUAUUCCGUAUUUGCUUCUAUCUGUGUUGCUUCAUUAUUUAUGCGCAGGAAACUAAAAGCGUUCGGAGGAGAAUUAGGAGGAAGUACAAAACUUAAAUGGUUAACUGCCAUAUGUUUGAUUUUGAUGUGGUUCGUCUACAUCGUAUUAUCGGCUCUGCAGACAUACAAGAAGUUAAAUGUUCAGCUUGUCUAA